AUGUCUGGACGAAUGACGCCUGAGACGGAUAUCGCAAAGACACCGACCGGCUACGACUCGUCCUCGCUCGACGAGAAGGCAAGGUCUGGCGGACUGGCCAUCGACAGCAUCUCCGACGACAUGUCUGUCAUCAAGGAUCACGACGCCCAUGGCGCAAAGGCCAAAACCAAUGCAACGACAAUGAAGACGACGACGGCGAUGCCAAAGUCUGACUCGACAACCCACGGCGUGGGUGGCAUCGACAUACUCGGAGCUGGCGACGACUCGCCGCUCAAUGCCUACCUCAUGUUCUGCACCCUCGCCGUCGGCUUCGGCGGCCUCAACUGGGGCUUUGAAAAUGCACUCGUGGGGCCCAUCUCGGCCAUGACGGCGUUCGUGCGCGACUUCCAGGGUCUCAACGAAAAGACCAACUCCUACGUCCUCACCGCCACCCACCAAUCGAUUCUAUUUUCGGUACCCCUGACGGGCACCGUCGUCGGCGCGCUUGGCUCCUCGCCAUUCCAGACGAAGUGGGGCCGCAAGUACGCCCUCCUCAGCGCCUAUGCGACGUCGAUCGGGGCCGUCUUCCUCCAGUUGUUUGCACCCAACUUUGCCGCUUACAUCGUCGGCCGAUGGUGGAACGCCGUCUCGUACGGUGCCGCACUCGCCAUCGCGCCCAACUACCUCGCCGACCUGGUGCCGGCUUCGAUGCGCGGCCGCUUCGUCUCGGCCGCCAACAUUGCCACCAUCGCCGCCAGUGUCAUCGCCACGGCGGCAUGCUAUGCCUCGACGCAGACGCACCCCGACGACAAGCUCGCCUACCGCAUCCCGCUCGCCGUGCAGGCCGCUCUGCCCUUCGCUCUCAUCCUACCCACCAUCUUCUGCGUCGAGUCGCCCUCCUGGCUGCUCUCCAAGGGCCGCGUCGAUGAGGCUAGGAGGACACUGCGCAAGAUCCGCGGUUUCAGCGACCAGGACGUCGAGAAGGAGCUGUCCGUCCUGCUCGUCGUCGAAGAGGAGCGCAAGGCAGCCACCAACAAGCCCAAUCCGUUUGACAUUUACAACCGCCAGAACAUCCUCCGCACCCUCGUCGGUGGCUCCAUCUUCUCCCCCAACCAGUGCUCGGGCAUCAUCCUCUCGACGACGUAUGCCACCGUGUUCCUCGUCCAGCUCGGCGUAGGAAAUGCAUUCAUGCUCUCGCUCAUCGGCAACAUCUGCCAAUUUGUCGGUACGCUCCUCGCCCCCUUUGUCCUCGACAACUUUGGUCGUCGGCCCGUUGCCCUCAUCGGCUUCACCAUCCUGUUCCUCAUCGACGUGUCCGCGGGCACCCUGGCCUUUUUCGCAAAGGACAGCUACGCGUGCGGCGUCGCCAUUGCCGCCCUCUCGUUCCUCUUCAACAUCUGCUGGACCCUGUCCUUCUACUCGAUUUCGCUCCUCAUGCCCGCCGAGAUCCCCACGGAACGGCUUCGCAAUCCGACAAUGACGCAUGCCGUUGGCUUUGGCCAGGUUACCGCCAUCAUUACGACGCUCUGCGUUCCCAUGAUCACGGCCGACGACGCCGCGGGCCUUGGCGCCAAGGCCUACCUCAUCUUUGCUGGCUGCAUGCUUGGCAUCCUCGUCGGUGCUGCGCUGCUGCUGCCAGAGACAAAGGGCAGGACCACGCUCGAGAUUGACGAGCUGUACCAGCGCAAGGUGCCUGCUUGGCGCUGGAAGGGCUUCGAGACGUCGGUCGAAGUGCGCGAAAAGGAGGGCAUGCCGCCCUCGUCGAUGUAG